AGUCACAAAUUUUCGUGUCUCGCAGUAUUUUUCCAUUUUUUUCUCAGAAACCGAGGGACAAAAAAGGACACAGCCCGUGAACUCACACUCCCCGGACCUUCGUGCGACGCAAAACGGUGAAAAUUCAGCCAGAAUACAUCCGAAAUCGCCGAAAUUGAUCGGAAACGAAAAAUCAAUAGACUUCGUUAACACCACAAAAAAAAAAUUAAAAUAAUCAAAAAAAUCUGUGUGAAGAAUAGAAAUUGUGUAGAAAUGUUAAAUUUAAAUAUUUAGAGAAAGAAAUCAAAAGUCUGAAGAAGAAAAAGUGAAAUGUAUCAAUGGUAAAGUUCAUUGAAGAAAAGCAUCGAUGACCUAUUAAUAGCAAAUCGCAUCUAAAAUUGUGAAAAAAAAGAAAUUGUUGUAAUGAAAAUGCGUAAAUUUUGAGUGAACAACAAGAACGAGGAGAACUACUUAACUAUCAAAAAAAAAAAAAAAUUGUAAUAAAAAUGGAAUGUUUACAUUAAAAAAUUAGCGAGACUAACCACCAUCAUCAUCAUCAUCAUCAUGACAACAAAAUAAUUCCGCCGCAACAAAAGUAGCUUAUAGAAUUUUUUUCUGUAUUCCACGAAAAAGAAAAUAGCGACAUGGAAUCCGGAGAUACGGCAACGCUUCCGCUUUCGAGCCGAAAUAGCGGUGAAAGAACGUCGCUCAUCAUGCCACAACGCCCGUGCUCGUUAUUUAAUGCCGAAAAGGAAUCGCUUUCGUUCCCCAUAAAUCUCGUUGGUGCUCCGCCCGAAGUCGAGCAACUCAUUGAACAUAUAAAGAGCGUUGCUGAGCAAUUUUUGUACCAUUGGAAAACUUUUCCUAUCAACCUUCCAGCUCCUUUGACCCCAACUCCGGCAACAGGCACAGUUAGCAGAAAACCACGUCCCAUCAACUUGCGUGACUUGUUUAUUGCACCGCCCUUCGAUGAGCUUGACGCUGUUGCUACCGAUGGAACGGGCGAGCCACGUAGACUGACAAAUUCUCAACUGCGUGCCGUUCGGGAAAAAGGCUUGCAAAAGGAAAAAUAUGGAAGCAAACCGAAGAAAUUGAAUUGGGAACAAUUAGAAUCGAUACGAUUUACAGGGGAAUUUGACGUGCCGAGUCUCAAUUUUCCGGGACAAGUGCAUCGCUGGCGUUUAUCUCAGAUCCUGCAAAAAGGCACUGAGCGCACUCAUGACUCUUUACUCUCAGAUUUGGCGUUGGCGGCGCGUUUUCUCGUCGUUACUGCCUGUGCUCGGUUAUAUGGCUCCUUUUUCUCCGUUGCUCAAGCUGCAAAAGCCCUCCUGAAAGGUUUCAUGAAACUUUUGGACAUCACAGUGGGCGUCCCAUCGCUCGUCGCCCACAAUUUGGAGCAAAAAGUGAAGGAAGAACGUUGUCGAUACUUAAUUGCGGAGCUCGUUUGUCGCACCGAAUACGAAGAUUGUCUCGAUUCGCUUUGUACGUACGUGCGACGACAACUGCGCCGUGCCACGAUGGAAAAAUUUGACGUUGAAUGUGAUACAACUGCCCAACCAGUCCCCUAUCUUUUCGUUACGCCAAAGGGACAAGACAUCGAUUUGAGACUUUUUUCGCGUGACAUUAUGCGAAAAGCGCUGCCUAUUUUAGUGCAGAUUCUGGAGAAAGAGACACGCGGAUGGUUUUUGCAUUUCCGCGAACGACUGAUCGCCGAGCUGCGCGAAAAGAAAAUGUCUGAUGCCGAAAUCGAGGAAGAAGUCAACGAAGCAGUGAUGAAGGAAUAUUUGCAACGAGUGUAUACCUCGAUAUUGAACAAUCCAGAUUUGGCUGAGUUGGGAAGCGGCGUGCCACAAUUACUCGUACAACAGGCGCAAUCUGUCGUUAUAAUGCACAAAGCCAUUGAAAAGGUGAAAAAAGAUUUGGAAAAAGCCAGAAAUGAACAAGAGAAACUUUUAAUCAAAACACAUCCCGUACUGUCUCGCAUCGCGCCAUGGAUGCGGAUGAAAUUGAGAAUUGCCGAAUCGUCUCGCAUGAGUAAAACUAUCUUUGCAGCGCACGAGGAAGCUCUCAAAAUUUGUCUGAAGCACAAUUUACAGCAAACUGUCUACUUUUUGAAUCGUGAUUUAGCAUUUUUAAGAGAUCGUGAACCCAUUUUACUGAAAGAACUCAAAAACGACAAGACUCCAACGCGAAAUUUCCAAUGGGCGAUCCGCAUUUGGUCCCCCAAGUCGUGGAUCAUUCGUCGCAGCUUUCAAGGGCAUUCAGAAGUCAUUCCCACAGUGACGUGUCAACAAGCAACCUCCAUCGUGACACCCCGUUCUGACCCAAGUCAACCAGUUUUUCUCGUGGAAAAGGACAUAAUUCGAACAACGACGACACGCUGGCCCCUAUGGCGCGUCAUGAAUUUAGUGCAACGUACAUGGACUUGGACCUGGAACACAAUUUUCCUGCUUGGCGUCAUUGUGCCAUGGUGCAGUCCUUUGGGGCUUCGUGCUUUGUUUUGCGUGAAGCCUUUCAUGCCGGAUUUGGAGUUGUCGCAAGUGAAUGGAACACUUUUUCCCAGAAAAACGAGUAUUACACCGACAAUGGUUUCACGGCUCGUUGAAUUGUGGCGCCAUAUCUCAAAAGCUCGCACGAAAUUCGAAACGGAGCCCGAUACUGGUUUCAUUGGCAAAGGAAUUACGCGACAGCUGAAUCGAUUGUACAAUUAUGUCAUAAAAGGAUUUCUCGGGACUUUCAUGAUUUUGUUCCUGUUUCCUUUGUUGUGCAUCGUCGUUAGUGGCACGAGCAUAUUUUUCGCUCUAACGGCUCCAUUGUGGAUUCCCUUUGUCACAAUCAUCUUGCAUAUCUACAUAAUGCUCAUUUAUGACAUCGAUUGCCCGGAUGACAACCGAAAUCGCUUCGCCAUUGUCUUUGAAGCCAUCGGAUGGAACAUUUUGGCGCAAGGAGUGCUUCAACCGAUUGCUGCUCUCUUCGUUGGAGGCAUCAUUUGUCCAUUUUUAUCUGUUUGUGUCUUAAUUGUUGGCUUCAUUCGAUAUUGGUUCCGCAUAUUCUGGGAUUCGGUUAUGUUCCAUUUGUUCAUCAAAAAAGUCGGGCGAAUUCCCGCUUCUGAUGGAUUUGCUGUACGAAGGAUUGCUGGACCCGGAUUAUUCCAAGAUUACUACUUCGCCAUUAAGCCAGAACAGGCUCUUGCCGCUUUCGAAGCUAAAAUGGAGCUUGAUGAGCUUCAGGCGUACCAACAUUCGAUGGAAACAAUCAUUUGUCAGCCUCAAAAGGAUUUCAGUCAAUUUGUGGAAGCGUGUUUUGGUCCGUUUUCAGCGACACUCGCCAAAAGUGGUCCGUAUAAGAAUCUGGAGCGCGAGGCACAAGACUUGAUGGUUAGUUUGCAUGAAAAACUCGAGAAGAGAAGACGAGAAUUGCAAACAGGAUUGACGUCGCAAGUUAAAAGUCGUAUAAAAUUGAAUACUGUCGAGCUGAAGAUCGCCAUUCAACAAGGAGCGCAUAUGUUGGAACGUUUCUACCCAAAUCACGUUAUUUCUCGACUUUCAAUGGGCGAAGAUGAGUUUUGGGAUGCAAAAGGUCUCUCCGUUGGCGAUUGGGCAGGAUUAGCAGGUCUAAUUUACGCCGACAUCUUCGGCUUGGACUUUUUAACGCCUCUCAGCGACACCGACACGCAAUUCAAGUUAGAGCCACACACGCAACUGGAUUUAGUGCGAUACUCCGAGAUGGUUCAAAGUGCAAGCGAAAUCAUAAACGGACCGGAUCUCUUGGGCAACGUUUACACACCACGAGGCAAUAUCCAAGUUCAUUCGCCAUAUCUCGAGGUAACAGCAUUCAAUCCGCGCUCUCGUCUCGCCAUCAACACAAACAAAACGGAGAAAAAAGACACGACAGCUGGUUUAACGACGCCUCGUGUUCGUGCGCGACGCACAACGCUCCCGCAAACCUUGAAACGCGUCACUUUACGUCCCUGGAAACGAAAACAAUACGAAAAUAUCUUCAUGGAGAAACUCUUGAUACCGCUUCCGAUACCGCAUCCCGUGCACAUUGCCAUUUCCAUCUACAACCGCGACAGUGACAGUCCAAUUCCGCUCGAAUGCGACGUUUGCGGCGACAUUUUGAAGUCCAUCGAGGAUUGUCAAGGCGAUAUGUUGGCAGUUAAUGCAGUUUCUCGGUUCCGUGGAGGCGGCGGCGCUACAGAAUCAAGCAUUGACUCACUUGAUUCGCGUUCUCAGACAUCUGGAGAUACACGUGAUAGCAUGGAUAUCGUUGGAAGCACAGAUAUCGGAUGCACAGAUACGCUGCCGUGCGUCAAUCGAACAGAAACUGUCACUAUCACGUCGCCCCAAACAGCAGAUCGACAAAGUAUCGGGAGUCAAGGCGGUGCAACGCCAACAGGCAGCACAAAUCAACGCAGUUAUCAAUGGACUUUGAGCAGUUGGGCAGGCAAUCGACGAAAUCGCAACGGACAAAAUAACACAGAGACAGUACGAGUCGACUUGGCAAGCCCCGAAGAUAUUUCGCUUGACACCGAUAGUACGAGAGUAGUUUUUAGUGCGUACGGAACGACAGUUUAGAUAACAAAAAAAUAUUUACAAUCCACAAAAUAAUUAAUCAAUGCGUAACAAACAUACACCGACAACUAUUUCUGAAUCAGAAAUUAUUUAAAAUUUUAAGAAACGACACCACAUUAAAAAAAAAAGAUAUUUGUAUAGAAAACAAUGAAUUUCAAAACUGCUCUCUCACACUUCCUUUUAUAUAUUAUAUUUAAAAAAAAUAUAAUUAAUAAUAUUACAUAAAAUUCUAUGUAUAUGUAAAAAUAAGUGCUUUUUAGUGAUUUUCGU